GUGUAUAAGUAAGGCUAUAACUAUAAGUAAAGUGAAACCAACCCGCUCUUGUUUUAUAUUUCUAUAUAAGUUAUUGGAAAUUUAGGAAGUGUUUCUUCAAAAAUCAAAAUUGCUUUGUACGGGAGAAGAAGAAGAACAGAGCAAAAAUGGAGAAAAAACAGAGCAGCGCCGAGGAAAUCAAAGAGGAUUUUCGAUUGGUUUCGUUUAAGGAGUUGCCGGAGUAUAUGAAAGAUAACGAGUUUAUUCUCCAUUAUUAUAGAGCGGAAUGGCCUCUUAAGCGAGCUCUUCUCAGUGUCUUUCAAUGGCACAACGAAACCCUAAAUGUUUGGACGCAUUUGAUUGGAUUUGUUUUGUUCUUCGGAUUGUGUUUGGCGAAUUUGAUGGAAGAUAUGCCUCGAGUCGCGGAUCUGUUCGGGUUUUUUUCCAGGUCCAUGCUCACAUCUCUCUAUACAAACAUUUCCUAUGCUUCUAAAGAUUUCAUUGGAAUCACAGCACCAGAGCUAAUGGAAUUGGCCGGAAGCAUCCACCCUUACGACGGCGCCGCCACUACCGCCAGCCACAUAAAUCUAGUAACUAACGGAUCGGUCACAGAACGGUGGCCGUUCUUCGUGUUCUUAAGCGGCUCAAUGUUCUGCCUUCUCUCAAGCAGCAUUUGCCAUCUCUUUUCUUGCCAUUCUCAUCAUCUAAAUCUCCUCUUACUCAGAGUCGAUUACAUCGGAAUCACCGUCAUGAUCAUCACCUCCUUUUUCCCCCCAAUUUACUACAUUUUUCAAUGCGAUCCCCUCUGGCAAUUCAUCUAUCUCGCCGGAAUCACUCUCAUGGGCAUUUUCACCGUCAUCACUCUUCUCUCUCCCGCCCUCUCCACCGGAAAAUUCCGAUCCUUCCGAGCUCUGCUCUUCGUCUCCAUGGGCCUCUUCGGCAUCGUUCCAGCAAUUCACUCCGCCGUGGUCAAUUGGGGUAAUCCUCGCCGGAAUAUUACUCUGGCUUAUGAGGCGGCGAUGGCUCUGUUUUAUCUUACCGGAACCGGGUUUUAUGUGAGCCGGAUUCCGGAGCGUUGGUUGCCGGGCCGGUUCGAUCUGGCCGGACAUAGCCAUCAGUUGUUUCAUGUAUUGGUAGUUUUUGGUGCUUUGGCUCAUUAUGGUGCCACUCUUGUUUUGUUGGAAUGGCGUCAGAAUUUUGGGUGUGAAAAUUUCAAUUAAACCCAAUUGUUUAGUCUAUUUGUAAUUCGGGAAUUAAGGGCUUAAUUUAAAAACAUUUAUAUAUAUUUUUCUUAAUUUGUUUAUU